UCCGUGCCGGUAGCGAGCGUUUAAUUAAAACCAACAGCGAAGAAAAACACACCGACGACAGGUAUUAGGGUGUGCGAUAGAGUGCCAGCACCAGCGGAACACAGGGACGCAAGCUCGAUAGCGACACGGGAAAGCGGGCUAGAAAUUCGAUAAAAAUGGGUGCGCCACCGGCGAAGAAACCGCUGGUCAACCGGAAUCUAAUAUCCUUGAAAAUUGUGCUCUUCCUGUUCUACGGAGCCCUAGGAUGUCUGCAUCCGUACCUCCAGAAGCACAUAACCCUGACCGGGUUGAAUUACUACGAAUCGCAGCUGGUGACGUUGAUAGCGCCUUUGGUGGCAAUUCUGGGACCACUGAUCAUUGCUCCGUUGGUGGAUCGGUUAGCCGGAAGGGCUGGUGCGGCGUUUGGAAAGAGACUUCGUCUGCUAGCUGCCCUCUGCAUGAUCCUGUCUGUGGUGCUUUACUCCGUGCUGUUCUUCGUGGUGCCGAGAGUAGAGCGACAGGAAUCAAGCCGUUCGAUGGUUAGUUUCGCCUGUGACUACGACGGUGCCAUCAUCUUCCAGCAGCGCUGCAGUGAGGAACGCACCUGUUAUCAGUGGAAACGAGAAAAGAUUGGCCACCUGACGCUCACGAACUGUUCCUACACCUGCCAGAAACCGGUAGAGUUCGAGAACCUCAACCACCCGUACACGAAGGGGUUGGUCCUGCCGUCAUCCACUGAGAGUUCGCUCGAGGACGAGGACUACGAUCUGAGCGAUGAACCACUGCCGGCACCGGAGAACUUCAAGCAGGAACCGAAGGUUGAGGUGGACAAUACACCCAUCCCGGUGCCACACAUCUGCGAGCACAAGGGUGAUUCGGAGCGGGAGCUUUGUCACGCUUAUACGUCCGCUUCGUCCUCGUUGAAGCUGGCCACGGUUUUGCGGAGUGCGGUGAAUGAGGAGAAUGAAACGCACAGUGCCGAGUGGUGCCGAUACCCGUUGGAUGGUUUUUCUUGUGAGAUUCCCGAGAAGCAGGUUGUCUGGAUGAAACUGCUUACGAACUCAUCGAACUGUACGCCCAAGGUUGAGUGUGAGGUUCACGAUCCGUACGACGAUGAGGAGAGUGUACUUGCUGAGAGUGUCUGCAUGAGAAUCGUUGGAGAUCCUGAUGUGACGUUCUGGUCGUACCUUGGACUACGUGCAGCCGGUGAUAUGUUCCUGCUGGCGGUGAUAGUACUCCUGAAUGCGGCCACAAUCAUCGCCACACGUGAAACAUCCACCGGACGCGGUGAUUUUGGCCGACAGAUCGUGUGGGGUGCCAUCGGGUGGGCUAUGUCCUAUUUCGCCCUCGGAUGGUUCCUGGAGACGUACUACGGAUACGUGGGUCUUGCCACACUGGCCGCACUGGUACUUCUGGUGUCGUCUGGCAUGCCAUUGACUCCACCUGAGAUGUGGUGGCACACAAAAUGUGGUAUGGUAGCGAUCCCAAUGUCAGCCAUCCGUCGUUACGGCCCGGAAUCAGCUGGUCUUUGUCUAGUGACACUCGUCCUCGGGACGUACUGGGCCGUCCUUGACAACUACGAAGGUGUGUUGGUGAAAACCUACGACAUUCACCCACCGGCUGAGCAGUACUACGGUGAAGUUUGGAGUGUAUUCGUCGUACUCGGAGCUCUCGCAACCAUCCCGACGUUGUGGUACGCCGAGAAGAUCGUUGACUAUUGUGGUCACUCGAACAUCCUCAUCACCGCCAUCACGACGUUCAUCUUCCGCUUCUCGUUGCUCGCUUCCACCGACGUUGGUUGGUGGCGAAUCGUGAUCGACUUCCUGUACCCGGUCACGUUGGGGCUUACCUGGUUGACGAUCGUGUUUUACAUGCGGCACAUUAUGCCACGUCGGAUCAUCACUACCGGGCAGGCUUUGCCCGUCAUUUUCCACUUCUGUCUCGGGCGUUUCCUUGGGGCGUUGAUUGGCAUGUGGACGAAGCUGGAUCACCUGAUCGUUACGUUCCAGGCGUUGGCCAUUAGCGCGUGUGUCAUUGCCGUGCUGUACUUCUUGCUGUACCAUUUCGUGCUGGCUCCUCGAUGUGCCGCCAGGUUGCAACAUGAACCGUCCGCAUCAGCGCUUAACAUCACGGCACCGGAUGCCGUUAAUGGGCAUCAACCGGCUGCUCAGACGAUGCCGGUGCAGACGAAUGGGAGCUACCAACCGCUCCGGAUCUACCACAACUAUCGUGGUCGAAAGGGUCACUUCCGCUACUAAGCGCUCGGUAGACGCUGUUAAGGCUUCGAGUUUAUCCUAGUCCUCUUUAGAACACCAUUAGAUCACGUUUAGAGCAGGGUCGCGGUUUAAUCGCGGCGUUGUGUUUCGUUCGUUCUUGGCCACGUUGGAAGGGCAUGAAUGAAAAGAGAGCAAGAGUGAAUUUUCACCUCUUCAGCAGGUUGAGAACCAACUCUGAAUAAGCGCAAAAAUAUCCAAAACUAAACCCAUCUCGAGUAAGGCGCUAUCUAAUACGCUGCACGUCUACCGGUUCUGCCUGGCGGUGCUUUAUUUUAAGUUAUUUUCACCCGACUCGGAAGUGCUCCUUUGAUGGUGGACACUUUGGUAGGCUAUUUAUUUAGUUCGUCAGAGGGCAGUAAGUGAAAUUAGGAACUCUCGCGGCUUGGCCCCUGCAGUCCAGGCAGUAUAUCUCGAACGACUUCGUUUUUCUUUAGUUUAAUACAGGAUUACGUUCCUUAAGAACGGAUCUUUUUGUCGGCUCACCGUGAGUGUUCUCGUUGAAUAAUUAGGAUUUCUUUCUCUUUCCAAUCCUCUCGCUCAUGUGUCGUUCUUAUCGCUUUAAGUAUUUCGUUUAAGUUCUCAUGUUACAUUUACUAACGAAUCGAAAGCACCACCUUCGCUGGAUUUUACUUCUGUUUCAUUAUCAUUUUCCAUCCAAUAUGUUCACAUCUUAACGGUACAUCAAACUCAAGACAAUUCGAUCUGAAAAAAACGCUGGAAAAGUUUCCAAACGAUACGAUUGUUAGUGCAAUUCAAGCAAACAAAACAAAACUACAUACUCGAUUCGAUCGUCAAAUUCGCUUCGAAAUCUAACCAAAAAAAAAAACAAACAAACAAGCAAACAAAACGACUCUCCGCGAUCUCUCCGUGUAUGCGGCGGUGACAAAGAAAACUAAAAGAAUGAUAAUACCAGGAGGUACAAUCUUUACGCUAUCUAUUUACACGCCUUACUCUUCUACAGCUAGUGGAAAACAAAUUUCGAAUAGGCAAAAUAAACAAAAAAGGAAACGUAUGUCAGAGCACGCCUUACAUGUUGCGGAGGAUGUUGGCGACGCGCAGCGGGACCUGUCGUUGAGGAAAGCAAGCAAGGAAAAGGAUCACGGAAACCGGCACGCUUUAAAAGCGCUGUAGCGCACCUACGCCUUUCGCCCUUCGCUUUCGCACACCCGCGCUCGUCGUUGCGUCGGAGGCGCUCUGUCCGAAUAUUGUGUAUGUUUAACGAUAACAAGAAAAAUACUUUAUAUUUGUAAAUAAAGCUAAGCAAU